GGUCAAAAGAAAUGGCUACAGUAUUCGAAAGAAUUAUACUGCCAACUCGGCAUGCGCGGCCGGCGUGUGGUCGGAGGCGCUCUCGGAAAGAUGACGGAGACGAGCUUGCUGCACGCCAAUCAGCGAUCGCUUCCCCUGCUGUUCGUUCGUGUUGUGUGGUACACCCUGUUCGGUCUGUUGUUGGGCGUGGCGGGCGCGGCUGCUGCUCAGACGCAACUGCCGAGUCACCUGGAAUGGAUUCCGCUUCUCGAGACGACUCGCGAUCGCGACUUCGCCGCUCUUGCACGCGGAAAAGGCAGCGACAUCGUCUUCUCAGAUCCGGUUGUCGGGCCGCUUUUUCAAGUGAAUAAAGGACAAAGAGACCCAGCAGCAUCCAUGACAAGAAGGAAGAAACAACGCGUGGUCUUGACGCUGACGACGAUUGCAGCUCGAUUGCCUAGGAUUCAUCCCGUUAUCCGAAGCCUCUUUGCACAGAGUGUUGAAUGCGAUGUCAUGUAUCUCGUCGUGCCCAAACGGUACUACAUGAGGAAGAAAAAGAAGGAUAUAGCAGCAAGAGCAGGUCUCAAAGAUGAAAAAGACGAGAUGGACGUCGAUUUUGUGGCCCUGCCGAAAAGUAUCAACGACUUGGUGGAAGAAUUUGCUCCUCGGUUACAGAUCGUGCGGCCAGAGGCCGACCAUGUUGGUCCUCUGAUGAAUUUGUGGCCGCUUCUUCCUCUCGAAACGGAUCCAGGCACAUUCAUCAUUACUGCCAAUGACGAUCAUCUUCAACCAGUGAAUUUCAUUCGCGACUUACUCCUGUCAGCGAUAGCCAACCCUGGUCGCGCAGUAUGCUAUCAUGGAUGGAUGUCUGUCGUCGAUAGAGAGAAGAUUUCUAGUGCGGCGUCCUCGAGUGGAGGUGUAUCGGAGAUUAUGGCGGGAGCAGCUGCAGGAGAAGACAACCAGAAGGAGGGGGAACGGCCAGAUUAUCUGCAGCAACGCAUAGGCAACACCUUUGGCGUUGCUCAGUCCUUGAACUACAAUUUGUCGGCAACCGAUGCAAGCACACUUUCACAAUACGUCCUAGGCGACCCAACGUUGAAUCUCACCGCCGGCACCCGUUGGCGCACAGCCGGUGCAGCGGAGAAAUGGAAUCCUGUGCGGGAUACGCCGGCGUACUUGCAAAGCGAAUGGACGCCUUUGAUACAUAGAGAAGUGCAAGAUGCUACGAAAAUGAAUAACGAGCAGGAAAAGCAAAAGGAAACUGGUGGACGACCUAGACCUCCUAGCGGUGGCCAUUUCUACGAAACAGGUCCUGUUGGUGCCAAUUACCUUGGAUGCGUCUGGCAACGUGGUUUUUUUGACCAUGAAAGUUUCUACCGCUUGUUAGACCGACACGACAAAGUCAGCCUCAAAGAGGGCGCUGUUGUUCCGAAGCCUGGUGACAUUUCCUACGAUUACAAACAGUCUCCUAACGGAAACGAUGAGUCUGAUCUAAAAUAUUCAGAUUGCCGUUUUGUUGAUGAUGUAUGGCGUGCUGCGCUUUUGGCUUUACGCGGAAUCCGGUUCCUGUUUUUGAACCGUCUGCCAUCUGGCGGAUUGUCGGAAACGGCGUUAGCGAAUCCUGCAGAUCGCUUGGUUGUUGAUCAGAAGACCAACCCACUAGCAGAAGUCGCGGCUUUAGGCAAGGAGAAUGGUAAACAUUCAAGCGCCAACAUGCGCGCUGGCUGUAAUCGGCAGCUUCUGGAUUCUGAUUUCUUCGGCUCCGAUCUUUGGAAGCUGCGCCGGCGGAGGGUGUUGGUAGUGGCCGUGAGUCCUCAAGGUGCGAUACCCACUACCAAAAAUUCGGCGGAAGUAACAACUAGAACUAGAAGUGCCUCGUCGAUGGACCAUGAUAACCUUACUUUAGAAAUUCGCUCAGUAGAUUCGGAAGAUGAUACAGGCUUGCCUGAUUGUAGCGCAUCCCUCAUCCAAACCGUUGCUUCUUCUGUGGCGGAAAAUAAAGGAGCAGGUCACGAUGAGGAUGAUAUGAGAAGUUCUGUUGUGGGGUAUGAUCGAGUGUACUACGUGGGCUGCAGCACCAUCAGUGACGCAAGAAUGCUACAGGAUCAAGCACCUCUGGAACCAGGGGAAUCCGAAAGCUUAGUCGACAUGUCUACAUCUUCGGUCUCUAGCGGACCUCCAACUUUUCCUUACACUUUGCGUAGGUACGAAGACGUCGCACUGUGGGAGGGAGAAGCGGACACAGAAGUCUGCGUUUACAACGUUCAGGAGGGGAAGAGCACUCGGGAUAUUGAAGUAGAGCAACCCCUGCAGCUUCAAGAUGGAGAUGCUCUCCCGCUCGGCAUCAAUCAUGCCAAGUGCCAUCACAAACUUCUUGUUGGUGACAUGUGGGCGCAGCGAGAAGCUGCAGAAGCUAGGAGAAUGCUUGAGAACAGCGGAAAAGCGAAGUCGAUAAAGGCUCGAACUUGGCGCCUACUGCGUCUGACCAGUUUGCUACGACGCCUUCCGGGUCUGUACAGGCUAGUGCCAGCCUUGAUGAACUCAAAAGAUUUAGCGUACUAGAAUUCUCAGGACGCAGCUGCACCUGUGUUUACCUCGCAACGACCAACUCCAGCGCAAAGAGAAUUGACAUUGCUAUAAAGCC